CGGUACUAAUCCGCCGUGCGGCAUACCAGCAUCGGCAACAGUGUGAAAACACAAGUGAAGUAGCGAACGCCAUGAGCCGUCGUCUGGUUAGUUGCUGAAAAGGGAGUGUGUUUACAAAAGCUGAAUUUCCACACGAAAUACGCGACCAUCGCGACGAAUCUCAAAUACUGAAGUGAUGUCAUCAGCUGGUUCAAGUGGUUCAGGCAGGGGCAGAGGUGGUCAAGUUGCUGUUGGUGAGCAGAAACCAGAGACAAAAGAGGCCAAACCAAAUCCAAAGAUGUCAAAGGCACUGGGCACAUCAGCAAAGCGCAUUCAGAAGGAGCUAGCUGAGAUCACACUUGAUCCACCACCAAACUGUAGUGCUGGACCUAAGGGUGAUAACUUCUAUGAAUGGGUUUCUACAAUCCUGGGACCACCUGGUUCAGUGUAUGAAGGUGGUGUCUUCUUCCUAGACAUUCAUUUCUCACCAGAGUACCCCUUCAAACCGCCCAAAGUGACGUUCCGGACGCGCAUCUAUCACUGCAACAUCAAUAGUCAGGGUGUGAUUUGCUUAGACAUUUUAAAAGAUAAUUGGUCACCAGCUCUCACAAUCUCAAAAGUGCUACUAUCCAUCUGCUCCUUGUUGACUGACUGUAAUCCAGCGGAUCCGCUGGUCGGAAGCAUAGCAACGCAGUAUUUACAAAAUCGCGAGGAGCACGACCGCAUCGCGCGCCUGUGGACGAAAAAGUACGCUACGUGAUCACAUUUUUAUACCGCUCCUAUAAUAUUAUAUUAUCUACAACUGCA